GUAGAAUCAAAGAUAUAUCGACUUUGUGAUUUCCGACAUAAAACAGUUCUAAAUUUCUAGACUGUGAACAAUGCAUUUAUUUGAUAUUCUUGCUCACAUUCUGCUGUUAGUUGGCUUCAGUCAACUGGUCAAAGCUUUAUCAUGUGAUGCUUCAAAAGGAAAACUGUUGGAAUGUGGAAAAAAUGUAAAAAAGCAAGAUAAAUGUCCACAAACGUGUUGUUUUAACCGGACAGGAAAUCCUCCAUGUUAUUUCAAAGAAAAAGAUUAUGGUCCCAUCCAGCACGCUAACGGACUUUGCAUAAGUAAGCCAAAUGAAAGCGACAAUCUUGUAUGGUCUCGUGACUGCACAUCAAGAAAUGCUUUCUUCGUGGUGAUAAAUAACUAUCAAAUGUAUCAUGUUGCAACAGGAAAAUGUGUCGCACCAGUCAAAUACAGUAGAACGUAUUGGCCGCCCUAUUACUUUCUCCAAAGUAAUCAUACGCUGUAUCAUGACACAUAUUCCUUUUGUAAGUGGCUAGGGUUGUUAAGACUAAAUAGAAAUGGAAGUUUACGAUUUCGUGGUUAUCAUGCUGGUGGAUGCAUUGGCAGCUCAUUUGCAAUCAAUAAUCAAUGGCAGCCACGAGAAAAUGAAAAAAUUUCCAUUGAUAAAUAUUUCUGUUACACGAGCAAAUCUUGCAAAUUUAACUAUGUAAUCGAAAGAAAGUUUUCCGACAAAGAAAAUUUAGUCAUCAUAUGUAAUCAAUCAUGCUCUAACUGGACUAUCGAAGUAAGAUCAGCUGUAUAUGGUGUUUUCAUAAAAGAAAAAAGAAGGUAUAUUGUACCAUACAAGAUAUCAUCAAAAGAGAAAGAAUGUUUGUCAUCAUCAGCGUUGAGUGUUGUGAAAGAAAAUUGCAACGGAAAGAGUAAAUGCGCGUUUACUAUUCAGAAAGAUAAAUUCUUGCCAAAGUCGUAUACUUGCUCAAACGAAACAUCUCUAGUGGUUCACUACACUUGCAAAACGGCCACACUAGUCAUCAAUAAGUGCCUGUCAAAUCCAUGUAACGUGAAUGCCAACUGUACUGACAAUGAAGGAACUUUUGAAUGUCGAUGUAAAAAAGGAUUUUCUGGAAAUGGUUUGUCUUGUACAAAUAUCAACGAGUGUUUGUCCAAUCCAUGUAACGCGAGUGCAAGCUGUAUUGACAAUGAAGGAUCAUUCGAAUGUCGAUUCAUUUUCUCGUUGAUUCGCAUGAAGGUGAACUACAAAGGUUUUGCAGGUGAUUUACUAGAAAUAAAAUGUUGGGUUAGUGGUCCGUUGUUUCCAAUUUUUAAGUGGAAAAUGGGCAGUCUGAUCCUGUCACGUUCGACGAGAGUUAAGAUUGAAACAAAUAGAAAAAUUUCGAAGUUGUUUGUUCGAAAAACGAUGAAAUCUGAUUCUGGUGUUUACUUCUGCACUGCAAGGAAGGGCGCCGAGAGCAUCACUAGCAAUGUAUCUAUCAAUGUGAAAAUUGCUCCUGUUAUUUCUGUUUAUCCCCUCUCAAUAUCUGCCACAGAAGGUGAUUUGAUUUUACUCACGUGUCAUGUUGUUGUUGGUGAAGGAAGAGAUAUAAAAAUAUUAUGGUUCAAUAGUUCUAAGCCGACAGAGUCUAUGUAUUGGGGAAAAGAGCUAAAUCUUACCAAUCGCAUUGCACUAAAGACGAACAAUCGCUAUCAAGAGAAAUACUGGUGUACGGCUACAAAUUCAGACGGUAAAGGGCGAAGUCAAAAUGUCAGCGUUUUCGUUGUGUCAAAAGGUUAUAAAGACUAUUGCUCUGCUGAGACAGCUCGUCGUUAUAAUUGGGAAAGAACACCUGUGGGAUCCACCGUUGUUAAAAAAUGUUUUGACAAGCAGAUAGGAUUCGUUUCACGGUCUUGCUUGCAAGUUGAUGGAAGUCCAACAUGGCAUCAUGUUAAUGUGUCGCAAUGUCGGUCAGCAGUUGUUGUUGAUCUAGUUGACCAAAUCUCAAGACUGGACGGAGGUUUUUUGUCCAACAACGUUAGUGAAAUUAUACAACAAACGGAAGUUGUCACUGAAGACGGUGAAUUGUUUGAACAGGACGUCAGGGACAUUGUUUUCAUUUUGAAGACUACACAGACCAAAACAGCGACACAAAAUGAUCAGAAGAAUUUUAUUCAAUCGUCAAGUAACAUUUUUGCCACGUCACGUAAAGAAGUCUGGGAAAAUAUACAAGAUAGAAACACACUGGUGACAGAAAUCAUCAAAGGUGUAGAUAUCAACGCGAAGAAUUUGGUGGCUUCAUCUGGUAAACCUAGAAAAGUUCUUUUACUCCCCAAUAUUCAAAUAGUUGGUGUAAAUUUACCUGAAAAUCAAAACGUUCGGCUAGAAGAUAUAAAUCUUACCGACUCAGGCGGAGAAGGUGUUAAGUUUCGUGGGAUUGUUGCCGAUGGCAUUAAACAAGCAAUUGUUGUGAAAUACUCGUCAGUCAAAGAUAUUUUAUCUCCUGAAGAAUUACAAAAGUCUAGUGGUUUUGUCGAUCCUGUAAGAAUGUGCGUAUUUAUUGAACCCAGUGUAAAGGAAAGCAAGUGGAGUCGUGAAGGAUGUGAUUUAAAUGAACAAGAAUCCUCAGAGGACCAGGUUAUUUGUGAUUGUGAUCAUAACACAGCAUUUGCAAUAAUGAUGCAUUCCUCAGAUAUACAGAAUACAUCUCAAUCAUUGGAUGUUCAGUAUCACUUGUUGGAUUUCUGUAAAGCAGUUGCUGCCCUUUUACAUUUCUUCCUGCUGUCAGCGUUCGGCUGGAUGUUGUGCGAGGGAAUUUUACUUUAUACCUUGCUCAUUCGAAUUUUCAAUAGCAUUCAUGGCAAACAUAUCAAGAUCUUCAAUAUUAUUGGCUGGGGUAGUGACUUUUUGUGUUCCGCUUUGGCGAAAGUCAAUUUUAUCGUUCUCACUAUGGUUAUCAGAAAGGUAAUGAACGCACACAUAGUCAGACAACAGGAGAACGUCGAGAAAAUAAAGACAGGUUUAAGAGCUACGGUUGUUAUUUUACCCGUACUUGGUUUGACAUGGGUGUUUGGGUUGAUGGCUAUAGACGGAGAGACUGUAUUCUUCCGUUAUCUUUUUGCUAUAUUUAACUCCGCUCAAGGAUGGCUUAUAUUCCUCUUUCACUGUGUAUUGAACAAGCAGAUGCGAGACGCAGUUGGAAACAGUUUGCAAAGUAUUUUCUCUUCAAAACUUGGUGGAAAGAAAUCAACGGACUUGCCAAAUGGUUUGUUAAACACAAUUAAUCAAUUUUCAUUAUAA